AUGGCAUCUGACUGGAUCACGGUGCUCCUUUUCCUCUUCUCCGUAGUCGGCUCUCCCGGCACGUACGCAGCACCCACCGGUUUCGACGAUCGCAAUCCUCAAUGUGGUGGCAGUCCACUCUACACGCAAUCCUCGGGAGAAAUAAUAUCUCACGUUGGUCUCCUCGAUGACCAGCCUCUGCCACAGAAUCUGUCCUGUUUCUGGCUCAUCCAGGUCCCGAGCCAGCAUAAUGGUGUCCUGCUACAGGCCAGUCUUUUCGACCUCGAGGAGGGCGUGGAUGGAUCCUGUGAGGAGGACUUCCUGGGAGUCUUUGUGCCAGGUGAAGGCCCUCAGAAUAGCACUGGCCGAGUUGGCCUCUCGAGGUUCACGACGGCGAUUGACGGUGGACGCAAGUGCGGAAAACACACGACGGGUGGCCUACGCUUCCUAACGAACAGUAGCACCGUACUUGUUGUGCUCAGGAGCGUCAAACCCAAAUCAAAUAGGCGUGGCGUUCGACUGCAUUUUAAUAUCCUCCCUAACGAGCAGAUUGAGAGCAUCGAAAAAGCGGCUGGAGAUUGUGCUGAGGGGCUGGAAUGGACAUGCCCCGGCACGAAGAAUAGUGAGAAGGUCUGUAUUCCCAAGUCCUGGGUCUGCGACGGCAUUGAAGACUGCCCCGAGGGGCGAGAUGAGAGCAUUUGCAGACGGCCGUCUGGACCAUCUGCACGUAAGUUACCGACUCCGAGAGCGAGAUGUGAGGCUGCUGAUGGGGACAAGAGUGUCGCCAAUUCAACUGAUGAUUGGGGUCGAGUUGUCAACGGACAGCCG